AUAAAGUCGCAAGCACCUCGACGUAUGUGACUCGGAAGUGGAUGGGUCAUGUCAUGAUCCAAAGCUUCGAGGUGCGGCAGAAGCGCGGAGUGGUUCCGGGACACAUCAUACAGGGCUCGUAAAUUGGCAUUGCGAAGCGCGGCGUGAGCAAUGCCGAUCCUGACACAAAAGGAAACCUCGUCGACCUCGGGAGAACUCGAACAACACCAAGUCGACAGAGGGACCCUGGAUAUGCAGUUGGUUCAAGAUGCAGCACAUCUCAUGCCAAAUUGUGGGCGUUGAAACACCUCGGCAGAGGGUCCGUGAGUGCUAUGAGGUGUCGAUCGCGGGCUUUCCUGCCCUGACAGACUCAAUGCCGACAAAGGUAUCGUGCCAAUUGCGGUCUGUAUCCACCUCCAAGUUGUUGAUAUGUGAUGGAUGUGUCAAAGAACUGUGUUGGUUGAUGUCUUGUCGGACGUUAUAGUGGAGAUUGCGACAGGCUUCAAGGCUGGAUCAAGCAGGUGACGCUCAUGAAAAGUUGUCAUCACCAACACUCUUCAUGCGUCCUAUGCAUCUGCAUUGCAAAGCACCUCGUGCUUGGACGUUCCCUUCCCUUCCCUUCUAUCUGCCCUGCCCUGCCCUGUCUGAUACCAGCAUUUCCGAUCUCCAGGGAAUUGAUCUUCGAACCUUCUCCACCAAACAUCUUAUAACUCAUCGCGGCACAGCGGAGAUGUGACCGCGUGAAAAGCUUGGGUAGAUGACUUGUACCCCUGUUUGAGGGACUUUUGGUAGAUUGCCCUUGAUGAAUUGGGUUGAAGGGCCACAAUCUCGAGUUGCCAGAUCUGUACAGUAAAAAGCUUGUCGGAGACGCGGCGCUAAAACACCCGAUCAUGUAAGCCACAUGCGGUACACAUGAUGCGCCACAGUGUCCGUGAGAUGAUAUCUACCUAGGUAUAGUAAUUAGCCACAGUCACCCCUCCUUCAUGUCAGGUGCGGUGAGGCCUAUCGCGGGGCUUGGCUCAGGCUGUGUAGCCUCGGUGACGUACAUCCAACUAAGUUAACCCAAGUUUCCCGUGCAAUCCGUCUAAGAGUCAAUGAAAAUCGAUCAAGUUUCUUCCAUGCAGAGAAUGCAAGACUGACAGAUCUUGGAGCUAUUCGAGAGGAUACGCCAAAUUGUGAAACGCUCCUUCAAACGAAGAGUCUCUUGUUAAGAUCUCUAGCUAUAUCACGCUCAACUCACUUCAGCUCACGACAAACAUUAUUGGACUGUUAGGUCCGAGUCAAUCUCAGAUCGAGCACUCACGUCACACAGGGUUUCUCUUAUUCUUUCAUUGUCAGUCUUUUCCUGACUCUCACCCAUCAUGUCUAUUCGAAUAGCGCUGGACAACCAGCCUGAGUUCUAUACCAACCUCGACUUGGUACAAGGCCGAAUCAUCCUGGGUCUCAACCGCGCCGAGCAGAUUGGAAGCAUUGUUGUCAAGCUCGAAGGGGAAUCGGGAACAGCUCUACAGGCUCCGAAUGCCUUUGAUCCACAGAACAUGGCCAGGCUACAACCCAGCCCUCAACGGCCUCCUGGCAGCACCGCAGCUGAGAACCACAAAAUCUUAUACAAACUACAACAGGUUUUUCCAGAUGACUAUUAUGCGAGCUCCUCUAACCCUUACGGUGCAUACCCCCUGCAAGCAGGCGAGCACGAGUUUCCUUUCAAGUUCAAGCUUCCCAUCAAUAAUGCAUGCAGCGACCCAAUGGCUAUGUCGAAAAUCGGCGGCAUGGCCAACGCCGGUGGUUUUGGGGGUGGAGGAAUGUUUGGUAUUGGUGGUGUAAGGGUCAUGGAUGGUAGCAAGCAACUCUACCUUCGCCAUGUCACCCGCACACUACCCCCAUCAUUAACAGGAUAUCCUAUGGAGGCGGAAAUUCGCUACUACAUCAAGGUUACAAUCCAGAGACCGGGUUUGCUGAAGGAAAAUUGGCGGUAUCAGAUCGGUCUGAAGUUCCUCCCUAUUGAACCGCCCCGGCCGAAGCCGACAACCCAGGAGGCUUUUGCUCGUCGUCCCUUCACAUUUCGGCCAAUGACCCCCCAGCCAGAGAAGAAGCGGUCCUCUCUCUUCAACUUUGGAAGCGGCACAGAUUCAAAAUCGGCCUCUGCACCAGAGCCAUCUGCAGAUAUUGCCCCAGCUCCAGCAAUUGAGAUUUCAGCACGCCUUCCCCAUCCAAGCGUCUUGACUUGUAACAAGCCUGUUCCACUACGGCUUAUCGCCAAAAAGCUCAACAACAAUCCAGAACAAGUCUAUCUAGUAUCGUUUCAGAUGGAGCUUAUUGGCCGUACUGAUGUCCGCGCGCUCGAGCUCCAAAACCAGAAGAUCAACCGAUGGGUUGUCGUGUCAAACCCCAACAUCAACAUCCCGCUGACCACAGGGCCUGAUGACGAAGUUGGGAAGGAGUUGGUGAUUCCAGACCAUGUAUGGAGGAACUUGCCUCUUCCCAACACUGUGGCACCCUCAUUCGUCACUUGUAAUCUUUCUAGGAGGUACGAGCUCGAGUUGAAGCUUGGUCUAGCCUGGGGCAUGCCAAAGAAGGGCAUCACCAACAAGAGCCCACCGGUCAUCCUCCUACCGCUACAUUUUGCGCAAGUCGAAGUUUAUUCUGGUAUUACACCGCCUCCUGAACUCGUUGAAUCCGCAAGAUCGACGCGGCCAGGACGUGCAACCUUCACGAAUAACGUCCCGCCCCGUCUACCACCAAGACAAAACUCGGUUUCCUCAGCCCCAGUGUCAGCUCAACAGCAACGACCUUCUCAAACUCCCAACCAAGUGCCUCCCCAGCCAGCUCAUGACCCCCUCUAUCCACCACAACUAGCUCCGGGUCAAGAGGCACCUCCAUAUGACGAUGCUCCGCCCAGCUAUGACGAAGCCAUCGCCGAGAACCUGGCUGGCCCCUUCGACGGCAUGCAGGCCCGGCCAGCCUACAGCGGUGUCACGAACGAAAAUGCGCCGAGCCAGUUACCUCCUGAGAAGAGUUGAAGUGAUCCAAAGCAUGACUUGUCUGGAUAAAUGCUUUAAUGUGCUGAUGAUAACGAUAAUGCCGGGUGUGGAGGAUUUUGAUAGGACUGAGAAAAGGAGUGAGGGGUUCAUUCAGAUCCUGGCUCGAUCAUGGUGCCAUUAAUUCUUCACUUGGUUGGAAUCACGAUGGGUUGUUGAGUUCUCAAUUCCAUGUUACCUUACAUGUGCUGUUUCAAGAGGAGUUAUUGGUUAAGUACUGGCACAUAUACAUCCCAGACCCAGGCUUGGAUGUAACUCCAGUAUCACCUUAUUGUCAUACAUAGUUUGAGGUUGUCUUGGAUCUAGAAUCCCAUUGUUAGUAAUAGAGUCACAAAUACCGAAUACCUACCUAAUUCAGAACAGUUCCAGCUCAGUUUACCAGACAAUGACAUUGACUUUAAAGAAUCAGUUGCAGCAAGAGAAGAUCAUUUCCACACA